AUGCAGUUAAUUCGUCAAGUAUUAGAAAGAACAGAAACCGAGAACGAAAACGAAAAAGAUCUCAAAACAAUAAUUGAAACCCACGGCUUUACGCCCUUUCCGCCUAGUCCGACUUUCCGCACAUACAUAUUUGAAAAUUUCGAUGAAUCUGAAGAUGAUCUGUUUCCAGGCGGUUACGCAACAGCCUCUGAUUUGAAAAUUAUAGCCAAGGUGAUAAUCAAUCAUCAACAUUUGCCGCUAACUAUCUGGAAGAAAAUGGGAUAUCAUGAAAUUAUCGCAGAUUUAGAAAACGCAGUUGUGCAACUCACUCUAUUAGAGCUUUACUCAACUGAUACCGAUGAUGCAGACAAGUUACGGGAUGCAGAUACUAUUCUGGACGAAUAUUACGCUGCAAAUGUACCUUUUGAUCCAUCGCUCUUAUCAUUGUUCAAAAAAUGUCUACGUACGAAGCCAAUCAGCUAUUUAUUUGAAGGAUAUUUGGCCAAUUUGUUUGGGUCUGAAAUCCAACGUCUAUUUUUGACAGCGAUACCCAUAGAAGUAGAUGCACUUGUGUCACCAACGCAGACAAUAGAAUUAAAGCAACGUUGGCUGGGAGAAAUUCAAAAAUCUAUUCAAUCUGAUGAAUUUAUGAGUGAUGGAUUUAUAAGGCAGGCCAUAGAUUUUCUUACUCUUUAUAAUUUAAGUUAA